AAUCGUUUUAAUGGCGUACAUGCCGUUCUCCACGUGGCUGCACAUGCACAACGCAGCAUGCGUGGGUGAACUGACGCAGUCUCCAUGACUCACUCUGACACCAAACCUCACUGACAGCAUCAUUAAUGUCCUUCUGCGUCUGUGGCAGGAGCUCGGCACCGGCAGUGCUGCAACACGCUCUUUGCGAUCCAGCUGUCGGCCACAUGUGUGUGAUGGGGUCGUUGAGUCCAUACCCAGCUCUACAUCAUAUCCUUUCUUUCAGUGUUCCUGUAGACCACUAUGUUGGGAUUGAACAGAAGGCGGCUGAAGAACCCCAGCUUCGUCCAGAACAUUCUGGACUCUUCUGGUUGUGGACGUAGUGUGAAAAUGCUGAGGAAAGCCCUUCUGUGGAUGAGAAGGUGGGGCUGCUGGGCCUAAUCCUGUUAUCCCAGCCUUCUUAAUCCAGAUCCAGUCAGUCUUUACACAUCUUCAGUCACACAAACACACUUCCAAUACAAAUAUAUCAGACAUUAUGGAGGAAAGCAUGAUGCUGGGUGUUGAAGGGAUCAAGAAAAGCAUCUUGCAUGGAGGGAUCAGUGAGAAGCCUAAAUUUGUCACAGGAACUAAGGUGACGUUCCAUUUCCGCACUCAGCUCUGCAAUGAUGAGCGCACCGUGAUAGAUGACAGUAAGAAAGCAGGUAUGCCCAUGGAAAUGGUGAUCGGGAACAUGUUUAAACUGGAUGUUUGGGAGACUCUGCUCAUGUCCAUGCACAUAGGGGAGGUGGCUGAGUUCUGGUGUGACGUCAUUCACACUGGUAUGUAUCCAAUAGUGGCAAAGAGUCUGCGGCGUAUCGCAGUGGGGAAAGAUCCAGUGGACUGGCACAUUCACACCUGCGGCAUGGCCAACAUGUUUGCCUACCACAGCCUGGGCUAUGAUGAUCUGGAUGAGCUUCAGAAAGAACCACAGCCUCUUUACUUUGUAAUGGAACUUCUGAAGGUACAGCAGCCCAGUGAGUAUGACAGAGAGUCCUGGGCUCUGAAUGAUGAAGAGAGAUUGAAAGCGGUACCUGUGCUCCACGGUCAAGGGAACAAGCUCUUCAAACAGGGCCGAUAUGAGGACGCUACACUGAAAUAUAAGGAAGCCGUUAUGUGUAUCAAGAAUGUGCAGACAAAGGAAAAGGCAUGGGAAGCUCCUUGGCUGAGACUAGAGAAGAUGGCCAACACGCUCACUUUAAACUACUGUCAGUGUCUGCUGCGCAUGGAGGAGUACUAUGAGGUCAUCGAACACACGACUGACAUCAUCAACCAGCACCCUGGGGCAAUGAAAGCCUUCUAUCUGCGUGGAAAAGCGCACAUGGAGGUGUGGAAUGAAGCUGAGGCCAGAGAUGAUUUCAUGAGAGUCCUGGAUCUGGACCCAGGCAUGAAAAAGACAAUCAAGAAAGAGCUUGCAGUUCUCAAAAUGAGAAUGGAGUUAAAAAACGAGGAGGACAGACUGAAGUACAAGGGCAUGUUCGCAAAAAUGGCGAGAGAGCAAGGGUCUCUAGAGCUGGAGAAUCCAGAUCAAGAGAUUUCAGAGCAAACAUCUCCAGAACAAGAAACAACUCAAGAAAAACAGAGUCCAGAGGAAGCACCGCUAGAGAAAACAGGUGAAGAACAAACAAAUUCACCACAAACAUCUCCUGAGCAAAUAACUUCAGCACAGGAAGUUACACAAGAAGAAACAUCUACUGCACUAUCAAGUUCUGAUCAUGAGAUACCAGAACAAUCAGCUACUCAGAAUGUGACUCCAGAACAAACUACCACAGAAGAAGAUACUCCAGAACAAUUAGAAGCAGUACAAACAUUUCUGGAGCAAUCAGCUUCUGAAGAUAUUACUCCAGAGCCAACCUAUCCAGAACAAGCAGACCAGGAUCUUAUAACUUCAGAACAAAUGACUCCAGCUGAAAUGACACCAGAAAACACCAGUCAAUGAGUCUUAAUCAUAAAACAAUUUCAAGAGAGGUGCAACAACGAUGAUGUGGGAUAAAGUUGAACCCUUUAGACUUUUUACCUCUGAAAUGCGUUGUUGCUUUUCUUCAUGCAUCUACAUUAUAAUGUAAGAUUUAACUUAGUGUGACUGUAGGUUUGCCAGAUCAUCCAAUAAAAUAGUACUCAAUCA